AUGGUGAAAUUCAGGGAUGAAGCUACACGUGAUCUGGUUCUGGAAUUAGGGGUGAUUCACUUUGUGAAUUGCUUGAGUGCUCUUGUGAGUACAAUAGGUAAGCCUAUAAUGAUAGAUAAGAUAACCAAAGAUAGAUCUAUGAUUAAAUUUGCUCGUGUUUUAGUGGAUAUGGAGAUAGCUGAAUCCCUACCUCAAUAUAUUAAUUACCUCAAUGAGAGGGGUCAAGUUAUGGAGCAACCUGUUGAGUAUGAAUGGUUACCUACUAAAUGCUCAAAUUGUAAAAAGUUAGGACAUACAGUUGCCACUUAUAAGUUUGGUUCUGAAGUAGCUUGGAGGAAGAAGGAUUCUAAGAAAACACUAGAAUCUGAACCUGCUGGGGAUGGGGAGAAUGUUAUUCUGCAAGGUUCUGAUCCGAUAAGCUCUGCUCAGAUUCAAACGCAGCAGAAUGGAGUGACUCAACCAAGUGAUAGACCUAAAGAACAACAUUGGUCCCAUCCGAAAAAAUCAGGGGUUAUGAAACCAACACACUAG